AUUUGCAUAAUUUAUAAAUUGGUAUGUUUGACCAUUGAUCAGUGGUUAAAAUGGGCUGGAAAUUUAUUAUUCCAACUAAUUUCUAUAUACAUCACUUUUAAAAUGUAAAAAGUGGAGUUAUAUAUCUGCAUGUGGUGUUUUCCUCUUUGGCAUAAAGCACAAGGCCUCGAAUGCGCUGAGGAUUCAGGUACAAACUUUUCCCUGUUUUUUCUACGUUUUCCCUGUUUUCUAGGCGCCUGACUUUUAUUUUGAUGGGAACUCUUAUUGUGUAAUAUCGCGCUUCCGGUGGGCGUCAAAGACGCGAUCUCGCGUGUUUCUCUACACGUUGUUGUGGGCAUGAGAAAAGUAGCUUGCUUUAAAAAGGCUUUAGUCUUUUUGUAAUGCAUACCGUGCAACAUACUAAUCCAAAUAAUAACAUAUUAAUGACAUUCACUCCUAAAGGUGGUGUGUUAGUGUAAGACCACGUGUUUUCUAGCCAUCAUGGUCGAUCGAGUUGAGUUGGUCGUUGGGUGUUACGAGCAAAUAGUGUUUGGAUAUCGGCUCUCCCCGGGUGACAAGGAGUGGACAAUUGAGCCCAACUUUACCCAUCAUGCACACACAGCAUCACUGACCUCGCUUUCAUCCAGCGAUCAGUUCAUCGCCACCGGAAGCAACGAUGAAACCAUCCAGCUCUAUGAUAUGAGCAAGAAAACCGAACACGGGGCUUUGUUGCAUCACGAUGGUACUAUUUCUUGUCUGGAGUUUUACGGCUCGUCCCAUUUGCUCAGUGGAGGACACGAUGGGCUCAUGUGUGUGUGGAGCACCAAAAAAUGGCAAUGCUUAAAAUCCAUCAAAGCUCAUAAGGGUCAUGUUACUUCACUAUCAGUACACCCUUCUGGAAAACUCGCUCUCUCUGUCGGAACGGACAAAACUCUGCGAACAUGGAAUCUCAUUGAAGGACGUUCAGCUUUCAUCAAGAAUAUCAAACAGAACGCAGAGAUCGUCUUGUGGUCACCGGACGGAGAGCAGUAUGCAGUGGUUGCGAACGACCAAGUGGACAUCUACGUUCUGAAGUCUGCCGCGGUUAUUGGGACCAUCGCGUUUACUAAAAGGAUUUCGUGUGUGAAGUUUCUAAAGAACACGCUCUUGGCUGUGGGGGGAGAUGACGAGAGCGUGCGCGUCUACGACGUGACCUCACAGGAGCGUGUCUGCGAGUUCAAAGCACACGAGAACAGAGUAAAAGCCAUUGACAGCUUCUUGAAGGAUGAUUUCUGUGUCCUUGUUACGGCGUCCAACGAUGGAUUCGUUAAGUUGUGGAAGUUCGAUCUCGAGAACCCGGGGGCUCCUUCCCUGCUUGGCCAGGUGAACACCACCGCCAGACUCACCUGUCUCGCCAUUUGGAAACCUGGCGAAGCGAAGGAGGCUGUUGCGGUUCAGCCUGAAACUUCUAAAGCUGUUGCGGAGUCCUUGAAGCCAGCCAAUAGUAAAAGAGUGAGGCUACCCGGAGAAGAGGUGGUUCUAGAAGAAAGCAGCUCCACAAAACAAGGAAAAAAGAAGAAAAAACAAAAAGUGCAAUAAAAUGUUUUAUUGAAA